UUGAGAAAAUCUGGGAGACAAUCUUGGAUAUGCAAAUUGUUCCUGCCCCAUGUGGAAAUAUUUUAGAGAUUUUAUGAGAGCCAUGCUUUGAAAGGAAAUCGGAUCAGCAGAAAAUCAACACUUCAAAUUGAUUUAUGAAAUGUCAAAGAAUUAACUUAAGCUUAAAUUUGUAUAGCACUGUCUCUGGCAUGUACUGAAAUAAUAAUGGCUAGAAGGCAGAUGCCAUAAGUUUCCAAUUUAAAAAAUGGGAUUUAUUACCAGCUAAUCGCUGUAUGACAAGCUUUCACCUAUGAAAGGGAGAGGGCAAGAGAGGGAGAGGGAGAGAGAGAGAAAGUGAGACGGACUAAGAGAGAAACAGCCAGAAGGCUCUUACUGACCUAGUUCUAAGCUAGCUCUUCAGUUGCUGAGUACUGACUAUAACAGAGACCCUUGUGAGAAGAGGCAAAGAGGCAGACGUUAAUAAGGAGAGAAAGGCAAGAAUAGUAACAAAAACAGGAAAAUUUCAUAAAACCAAAUUGCAACUGUUGACAGAAGAACCAUGUCUGGUCGAAGGGCAGUGAAAACAAAGAAAUCUGCUGUUCCUGGAGUGACCAUCGCACAAUUUGUGGAAGAUAUUCCCAAAGGGUACACCACCCCUGACUUUGAGAGGAAGCCAAUUACUUUAACAUUAUCAGAAGGUAAAAAUGCAAUUUUCAGAGCUGUGGUCAAGGGUGAACCAAAACCAGAGAUGUUGUGGAAACGGAGUACUGGGAAAAUGGAUGAUCCUGAUAGAUACCAGACAACAUUCAUCCCUGGGACAAAUGAGUUUACCCUUCAGAUAAACAAAAUCACGCAAGAUGAUGCUGAUGUGUACCGUUUUACGGCUGUGAAUGAUUAUGGGGAAGCCACAUGUUCUGCUGGGCUCAAGAUCAUACAGGUUGGCUUCAAGAAGAAAGCAAAGGUGGCUCCUCCGACACCACAGAAAGACCUGAAGAAGGAAAUUGAGGAUUUCAAAAAAACAUUAAAGAAGCGAUCGCCCCAAGCUGCUCAAAAGAAGGAAAUUGAUCCAGAUCAGGUCUGGCAGUUAUUGCUGAAUGCAGACAAGAAGGAUUAUGAGAAGAUCUGCUUGAAGUAUGGUAUUGUUGACUUCCGUGGGAUGCUAAGGCAGCUUCAGGAGAUGAAGAAGGAGAGGGAGGACAAACAAGCACAGUAUGUUUACAAUAUUGCAAACCUUAAACAUGUCAGAGUAAAUCAAGAGCAAGCAAAUGCUUCAUUUGAUGUAGAGAUGGAACUGAAAAAUCUGGAGAGCAGGAUUUAUCUAUACAAGGAUGGAGAGAUGAUCAAUUUUGGACUUAAUGACGACAACGUAAAGCAUUGCUUGCGGCAGGUUGGCAAAAAGUACAAUUUUAUCAUCAACGAUCUGCAGCCCGAAGAUGCUGGGGUAUAUCAGAUCAAAAUAGAAGAUGUAGAUAUCUUCUCCACUGAGCUGGAAGGAGAAAACAUUCCAGUAUAUUUUCGCUACCCACUUGAUGAGGCAAGAUGCCACGAGCAAGGAAAUGCUGUCUUUCAGUGUACCCUCUAUGAACCCUGCUUCAAUGCUGUCUGGUUUCACAAAAAAAAUCAACUAAAGCCAAAUGACAAGUAUGAGAUCUCAGUCUCAAAUGAUGGCCUAACUCACCAUCUAGUCAUCAAAAACGCCCAGCCUUCUGACAAAGGAACUUACACCAUUGACAUCGGAAGGCGUACUUCAAGCGCCUGGCUUGAUGUUGAAUCUAAAGGAAAACGAAAACAGACAGAAGGAAAUAGUAAUGAUAAAGCUGGUUGGCAGAGCAAACUUUUAAAUGAAGACCAUGCUAAGAAGCUUCGUCAGGGGGAAGGGCAUGAAGAUCAAGACCAUCUUGAUGACUCCAGCAGGGGCAAAGAUGACCAAUAUAAGAAAGGCCAAGAUGGUGGUGCAGAAUUGUUUAGCCCCUUAGGAAAAGAGGGAUAUGUGGGAAAAGAUGGGAAAAUGAGACAGUUUUCUGCAAUUGGGACAAACAAUGCUAAUGAUUAUAAUCAUCAGAUGGGACUUUAUGGUACAGAUGGUAUAUCAGGGGGCACAGUCACAGGUGAAUUUAGUGGUGUGGGGGGAGCUGCAGGACUCCAUGGGAAGGAAGGUAUGCUAGGUAGCUUUGGUGGUCCCGGUGGUCCUGUUGGUUUGGGUGGACUUUAUGGCAAGGAUGGUACGACAGAUGGAACAGGCCUUGGUUGGCUUGAUGGUACUGGUGAUGUUGGUGGACUCUAUGACAAAGAUGGCAAGCAAAUUGGAGCGGGGGUUGGUGGACUUCGUGCUGCUGGGAGUAUUGGGGGACUCUAUGAUAAGGAUGGCAGGGCAAUUGGAGCAGGUGGUAGUGGACUCUAUGACAAGGAUGGCAAGCCAGUUGGAAAAGGGAUUGGUGGAUUCUAUGACAGAGAUGGCAGGCCAGUUGGAGCAGGACUUGAUGGUCUUUAUGACAAGGAUGGCAGGCCAAUUGGAGCGGGACUUGGUGGUCUUUAUGACAAGGAUGGCAGGCCAAUUGGAACAGGUGGUAGUGGACUCUAUGACAAGGAUGGCAAGCCAAUUGGAGCAGGACUUGGUGGUCUCUAUGACAAGGAUGGCAGGCCAAUUGGAGCAGGUGGUAGUGGACUCUAUGACAAGGAUGGCAGGCCAAUUGGAGCAGGACUUGGUGGUCUUUAUGACAAAGAUGGCAGGCCAAUUGGAGCGGGACUUGGUGGUCUUUAUGACAAGGAUGGCAGGCCAAUUGGAACAGGUGGUAGUGGACUCUAUGACAAGGAUGGCAAGCCAGUUGGAGCAGGACUUGGUGGUCUCUAUGACAAGGAUGGCAGGCCGAUUGGAGCAGGACUUGGUGGUCUUUAUGACAAAGAUGGCAGGCCAAUUGGAGCAGGACUUGGUGGUCUCUAUGACAAGGAUGGCAGGCCAAUUGGAAUAGGUGGUAGUGGACUCUAUGACAAGGAUGGCAAGCCAAUUUCAGCAGGAAUUGGUGGAUUCUAUGACAAGGAUGGCAGGCUAAUUGGAACAGGACUUGGUGGUCUCUAUGACAAGGAUGGCAGGCCGAUUGGAGCAGGAAUUGGUGGUCUCUAUGACAAGGAUGGCAGGCCAAUUGGAGCAGGACUUGGUGGUCUCUAUGACAAAGAUGGCAAGCCAAUUGGAGCAGGGAUUGGUGGUGAUCUCUAUGGCAAGGAUGGCAGGCCAAUUGGAACAGGUGGUAGUGGACUCUAUGACAAGGAUGGCAAGCCAAUUUCAGCAGGAAUUGGUGGAUUCUAUGACAAGGAUGGCAGGCUAAUUGGAACAGGACUUGGUGGUCUCUAUGACAAGGAUGGCAGGCCGAUUGGAGCAGGAAUUGGUGGUCUCUAUGACAAGGAUGGCAGGCCGAUUGGAGCAGGAAUUGGUGGUCUCUAUGACAAAGAUGGCAAGCCAAUUGGAGCAGGGAUUGGUGGUGGUCUCUAUGACAAGGAUGGCAAGCCAAUUGGAGAAGGCAUUGCUGGAUUCUAUGACAAAUAUGGCAGCCCAAUUGGAGCAGGACUUGGUGGUCUCUAUGACAAAGAUGGCAAGCCAAUUCAAUCAGGUAUUAGUGGAUUCUAUGACAAGGAUGGCAAGCCAAUUGGAGCGGAAGUUAGUGGACAUGGUUGUGCAGGUGGUGUUGGGGGCCUCUAUGACAAGGAUGGCAAGCCAAUUGGAGCAGGACUUGGUGGUCUCUAUGACAAAGAUGGCAAGGCAAUUGGAGCAGGUAUUGGUGGAUUCUAUGACAAGGAUGGCAGGCCAAUUGGUGGAGGACUUGGUGUUCUCUAUGACAAGGAUGGCAGGUUAAUUGGAGUAGGUGGUAGUGGACUCUAUGACAAGGAUGGCAAGCCAAUUGGAGCAGGGAUUGGUGUUUUCUAUGACAAGGAUGGCAAGCCAAUUGGAGCAGGGAUUGGUGGUGGUCUCUAUGACAAGAAUGGCAGACCAAUUGGAGAAGGUGGAGGUGGUCUCUAUGACAAAGAUGGCAAGUCAAUUGGAGCAGGGAUUGGUGGAUUUUAUGACAAAGAUGGGAAGCCAGUUGGUGGAGGACUUGGUCUCUAUGACAAGGAUGGCAGGUUAAUUGGAGCAGAUGGUAGUGGACUCUAUGACAAGGAUGGCAGGCGAAUUGGAGUAGGUGGUAGUGGACUCUAUGACAAGGAUGGCAUGCCAAUUGUAGCAGGAGUUGGUGGAUUCUAUGACAAGGAUGGCAGGCUAAUUGGAGCAGGUGGUAGUGGACUCUAUGACAAGGAUGGCAAGCCAAUUGCAACAGGACUUGGUGGUUUCUAUGAUAAGGAUGGCAAGCCAAUUGGAGCAGGAUUUGGUGGUCUCUAUGACAAAGAUGGCAAGCCAAUUGGAGCAGGUAUUGGAGGCUUUUAUGACAAAGAUGGCAAGCCAGUUGGUGGAGGACUUGGUGGUCUCUAUGACAAGGAUGGCAAGUUAAUUGGAGCAGAUGGUAGUGGAAUCUAUGAUAAGGAUGGACGGCCAAUUGAAGUAGGUGGUAGUGCACUAUAUGACAAGGAAGGCAGGCCAAUUGGAGCAGGUGGUAGUGGACUCUAUGACAAGGAUGGCAAACCAAUUGUAGCAGGAGUUGGUGGAUUCUAUGACAAGGAUGGCAGGCUAAUUGGAGCAGGUGGUAGUGGACUCUAUGACAAGGAUGGCAAACCAAUUGUAGCAGGAAUUGAUGGAUUUUAUGACAAGGAUGGCAAGCUAAUUGGAGCAAGUGCUAGUGGACUCUAUGACAAGGAUGGCAGGCCAAUUGGAGCAGGACUUGGUGGUCUCUAUGACAAAGAUGGCAAGCCAAUUGGAGCAGGGAUUAGUGGACUCUUUGACAAGGAUGGCAAGCCAAUUGGAGCAGGGAUUGGGGGACUGUAUGACAAGGAUGGCAAGCCAAUUGCAGCAGGGGUUGGUGGACUCUAUGACAAGGAUGGCCGGCCAUUUGGAGCAGGACUUGGUGGUAUCUUUGACAAGGAUGGCAAGCCAAUUGGAGCAGGUGGUAUUGGACUCUAUGACAAGGAUGGUAGGCCAAUUGGAGCAGGUAGUAGUGGACUCUAUGAUAAGGAUGGCAAGCCAAUUGGAGCAGGGGUUGGUGGCCUCUAUGACAAGGAUGGCAGGCCAGUUGGAGCAGGAUUUGGUGGUCUCUAUGACAAAGAUGGCAAGCCAAUUGGAGCAGGGAUUAGUGGACUCUUUGAUAAGGAUGGCAAGCCAAUUGGAGCAGGGAUUGGGGGACUGUAUGACAAGGAUGGCAUGCCAAUUGGAACAGGUGGUAGUCGACUGUAUGAUAAGGAUGGCAAACCAAUUGGAGCAGGGAUCAAUGGCAUGAUAACUGUAUCUGGUGAAAGUGAAGCAGCUUUUGGUGGAGUCGAUGGACUCCAUGGCAAGGAUGGCAUGCUAAAUGGUAGUGGUGAAGCUGGUGAUACUAGAGGGUUUGCUAGACUGUAUGGUAAAGAUGGUAUGCUAAUUGGAGCAGGAAGUGCUGAGGGAACAGCUGCAUUCUAUGGAAAAGAUGGCAUGUCAGCUGGGAUAGGCCCUGGUGGUGCUGGGGAUAUUAGUGGGCUGGGUGAAAUUGGUGCUGGAGUAGCAGACGGAGCUCGAAGAGCAGGUAGAUUUUAUGACAAGGAUGGCAUGAUAGGUGAAGGUGGUGGUUCUGGGGGAGCAACUGGACUCUUUGGGCAGGAUGGCAUGUUGGAUAGGGUAGGAGCUGGUAGACCUGGCGGGGCUAGGGGAGGAGCUGGAUUCUUUGAUAAAGAUGGUAUGCCAGUUGGAGCAGGUACUGGUGGUACUGGUGGAAUUUAUAGCAUGGCAGGUGGAUCCAGUUAUGGGGAAGCAGGUGGCCUCUAUGGCAGGGAUGGGUUUCCAGCUGGAGUAGGUACUGGUGGAGCUGGAGGAGUAGAUAGGCUGUAUGGCAAGGACAGUAUGCUACAUGAAAUUGGUGCUGUUGGUACUGGGCAUGGUGAAGGAGGAUGGUUGGGCAGUCGAAGAAGACAGCUGUCAGAUUUAGAUGUCAGUGGACUUAUUUCAGUUGAUACUUCAAGUGGUAGAGACAGAAAACGGAGAGGAGGAAGUCUGCUGGAAGAUGACAUAAGAGAACCGUACAGUCGUUUUACUCAAGGUUUGUUUGAUGUCCAUGCUCAGAAAGGAAGACAAGCAGUCUUAUCUUGCAGCCUUAACAAUGAUCAGCUUGAGGGAAUCUGGUUUAAAGAUGGCUUCAAGAUAACAGACCUGGAUGGAAUCUCCAUUAAGAAAGAGGGCUCACUCCACAAACUAAUAAUAGAUGAAGUACAAGAUAAGCAUGCUGGAAAAUACAAAUUUGAAGCUGAAGGUGUUCGAACAGAGGCAUCUAUAUUUGUUGAAGAUCCUCCAAAUGUUGACUCUGCACUUCUAGAAAAACUGAAAAAGGAACCGAUAGUGGUAAAGGCAGGAAAGAAUGCUAUAGUGAAGAUCCCAUUUGAAGGCCAGAAGCCAAUCAGAUCAUCUUGGUUAAAAGAUGAGGGUGAACUUCUGGAUGAUGCCAGGAUCAACACUGAGUAUUCAGACAACUACACUCGCCUGUGCAUAUCCAGUGCAAACCGGAAGGACUGUGGAGAGUACAAAGUGAAACUGAGAAAUGAAAGUGGAAGCACUGAAGCUACUCUCAAACUGAUAGUGAUUGAUAAGCCACAGCCACCAACUGGACCUGUAGAAGUUGUGGAGACCUCCACAAGUGGCAUAACCAUCCAGUGGAAGCCCCCCAAAGAUGAAGGUGGCAAACCAAUUCAGAGUUAUGUUAUUGAAAGGCAGCAAGUUGGCAGAAAGACUUGGGUGACAUUAGGAGAAACCACUGGAAACAGCACUAUUUUCACCACCAACAAAGUAGAACAAGACAAGAGUUAUUACUUCAGGGUGAGGGCAGUGAAUGCAGAGGGUACCAGUGAAGUGCUUGAAUCUGAUGAAGUGAUGGCAGCUUCCAAAGUUUUUCCUGGUCCUCCUGCUCCUCCUAAAAUUAUCAGUGCCAACAGGGGUGCCAUCACACUCUCAUGGGCAGCACCACAUAAGACAGGAAACUCUCGGAUCUUGGGAUACACCGUUGAGAAAAGCAAGAAAGGCAGCAAUACCUGGAUACCUGUCACAGAUUUGCCCAUAACAGAGAAGAAAUAUACAGUGACUGAUCUGAAAGAAGGAUUGCUGUAUGAAUUCCGUGUAGCUGCUAUUAAUAGUGCAGGAACUGGUGAAGCCAGUGCACCUUCGGAAGCUGUUUUUGCUCGAGAUCCGAUGAAGCCUCCUGGUCCAGUGAAGGAUCUUAAGGUGGUGAAUACUGACUACUGCAGUAUCUCACUGUCAUGGACAAAACCAGGGAAAGAAGAAGAAAGUCCUGUCAAAGGCUAUAUUGUAGACAUGCGACACACUGAUAUGCUGAAGUGGACCCAAUGUAAUGCCCUCCCAAUACCAAUGACAGCAUAUAUUGUUAGAGGACUAAAACCCAGGGAAAUGUACUUCCUUCGGGUGAGAGCAGUCAAUGAUGGUGGAUUUGGUGAACCUGUAGAACUUGACAGUUAUGUUCAAACUAUACCUCCCAUUGUUCAACCCAAGGUCUUAGUAAAGGACACUGUCAAAAGCUUUAUGAUUGUAAAAGCAGGUGAUACCAUUCGUGUACGCAUUCCCUUUGAAGCUUCCCCUCCUCCUGAAGUGUAUUGGCUAAAGGAUGGGCAUGUUCUCACUGCAAAGGCCACAACUGCCACAAGAGAAGGUGUGAGCCAACUUAUUAUACCAGCAGCUGACUUUUCUGACAGCGGGCAUUAUUCCAUUGUCCUGAAAUCUGAACAUGGGAAAAAAGAGACCUUCAGCUUCCUAGUCCAAGUUCUAGAUGUCCCAGAAGCUCCUGGUCCUAUACAACUUGUUGAAAGAGUCCCUGAUACAGUGACUCUGAUGUGGGAGCCAUCCCCAACAGAAAAGAGAGACAGAAAUCUAAACUAUAUGGUUAUGAGACGUGACUCCAGCAAAGGAUCCUGGCAUAUGGUGGCUGAUCUGAUAUACACCAACAAGUGCACUGUUGCAAAUUUUGUUCCAGGCCGGGACUAUUUCUUCAGAGUUCUGGCAAAAAAUUGUAUGGGAGUAAGUGAGCCUUCAGAAACUGUGCAGCCCUGGAGUAUUCACAAGGAAAGGGGUAAAUUUGAAGUAAAACUUCCAAAGUACAAGGGAAUCAACCAAAAACAACCUCCAAGAUUCCUUGUUCUACUGAAACCUCAUGUAGUGACUUUGGGAUUUGAUUGUCACAUGAGUUGUGCUGUGACUGGCUAUCCACCACCUCGGGUAACCUGGUACAAAGAUGGCAAGAACAUCUCCAAAGAUCCAACCUUCUUCAGCAAAAAUGACCUUGGGGUCUGUUCACUGGUGAUCCCAGGAGUUGCAGCCUCAGAUGCUGGCGAGUACAUGGUGGUGGCCAUCAAUGAGCUAGGUGAAGCAAGUAGCAAAGCUGGACUUGCCAUAAAAGGAAAGCCAACUGAAAAGAUGCAUGCACUUCCAUCAAAUCGUUUUGCUAAGAACAAAAUACAAGUACACUUACCAUAGCCUUUGAUGGAAAUACCACAGAAAAAAGGGACAAUCAUUGAGAUGGGCCCAGCAAGAAAAGUUAGUCAUGGAAGAAAAAUGAUUAUUUAUGCAUUUCAAUAGAGUGCCAACUGAGAUUUUGCAAAACCAAUAGAAAUAUGCGCUAGAAAAUCCCCUCUGAGAUCUAAACUGUGAGAUGUUCUGACUAUGUACAAGGAAGUCCAACUUGAAGAUAUUGUGUGUGGAUGUUUUGCAAUCAGAGUUAAAACAUUUGGAAUUGUUCAGUUCAAGAACACCCAGAUUACUUGGAGAGAUCUCGUUUGUUUCAUACAUCAGUUUUGUUGCACCUGUUCAAUAUCAGUAAAGCUGACAAAUAACAGAAUUGGGGGAAUGCCACCCUUAUAAUAUGUGGGGUAGCAAAGGCAGAUUUUGAAAUAUAAUUAACUUUAAAGUACAAAUGAAAAUAUUUUCAGAUAUUCUGAUAGCAUAUGCUUCAUCAAGGAUCAAAUCAGUGUUUGAGUUUGUUUAACAGCGAGUUGCAUCUUGAUUCCCCCCCCCCCCCAAUAAUGUCCCAAUAAAAUUGAAGUUUUCCUGCUCUCUGCAUUUUCACUUGAACUAAUAGCAGCUUGAUGUUAUUAUUUUAAAGCAUUCACUGAACAACCUCUGUAGAUGCCUAAUGCAGAAUAUCCAAAAAUAUACAGCAUGGUAAUAUGAAUAUGUGGGAUGACUUUUACUCCACCCUGUCAAAUAUAAUUCUAGAAGCAGAUUGAUUAUAAAGCUUUUUCUCUGUCAUAUUAGACCGAAACAACAUUUUAUUCAUAUGUCUUAAAGUAAUACCACAUUUGUCCAUGAUCAUAAUUAGUCAGGAGUCUAUCUGCUCCCAAAUAUAUGUCUCAAAUACAUGGUUGUGGGGACUGUGGUGUGUUUCAUAAAAUCAUAGUUGGAAGAGACCUUGUGGGUCAUCCAUUCCAACCCCCUGCCAAGAAGCAGGAAAAUCACAUUCAAAGCACCCGUGACAGAUGGCCAUCCAGCCUCUGUUUAAAAGCUUCCAAAGAAGGAGUUUCCACCACACUCCAGGGCAGAGUUCCACUGCUGAACUGCUCUCACAGAAAGUUCUUCCCAAUGUUCAGGUGGAAUCUCCUUUCCUGUAGUUUGAAGUCAUUUUUCCAUGUCCUAAUCUUCAGUGCAGCAGAAAACCAGUUUGCUCCCUCCUCCCUGUGACUUCCCCUUACAUAUUUAUACAUGGCAAUCAUGUCUCCUCUCAGCCUUCUCUUCUUCAGGCAAAACAUGCCAAGCACUUUAAGCAGCUCCUCAUAGGGCUUGUUCUCCAGACCCCUGAUUAUUUUAGUUGCUCUCCUCUGGACACAUCUCCCUUCAAUUGCAGUGCCCAGAAUUGGACACAGCAUUCCAAUUGUGGUCUGAGUAAGGCUUCAUCUGUGAUGUAGGGAUCUGGAAAGGUCCAAUGAAAUUGUACGGAAUUUCAUUGAGGUGUCAUGGCAUCAGACUGCUUGCAAGAGGCUAAAUCUACCCAAGAAGUUAAAGUAAGGCAUAUCUUAAGUAGCCUUAUACUUUAUGGGCCAGAAGAAAAUAAAAACAUAUUAUCAAACCAAGGCAAGAAUGAUCGUCUUUCUAAAUAAUCUACCAGUCUUGAGUAUUUGAACGUAGGCCAGCAGUAUGGCUCAUCUUUCCUAGUUCAGAUUUUCAGCAGUGAGGCGGGGUUUUUCUUUCUCAACACAGCUCCUUGAGAAGCCCUUUCAACUGGAGACCUGUAUGUGUAUGCCCGUGAUUCUCCACUGUCUAAUAUGUCUCUUCUGAUACUUCUUCAGUACACCAUUGUUGUAUGAGAGCAUCACUGACAGGACAAUGAUAUGAAUAAUUUCUUAUGUUAUGACUGGUUAUAAAUCCUCAAGAUAUGACAAGGCUAAGAAGGAACUCAGAAGGUAAAAAAGUUUCUCCACCAGAGGGAGUCCUCCUGAGCAGAGGACCAAGUAUAAUAAAACCUCCCAUAUCCAUAGAUUUAAUAUCAUGGUUUCACUUAUCCACAUUCCAAAAUAUUCCCUUCUGAAAGUAUAUGUUGGUCUCUCUAAGUUUUCCAGCUUGGUUUCCAGCCCAGUUAUAGUCAAAAUAUAGGAGUCASUAUUAUCCAUGGUUUUAGGUAUCUAUGGAGGYUCUUGGGACAUUAUUAUUAUUAUUAUUAUUAUUAUUAUUAUUAUUAUUAAACUUUAUUUGUACCCCGCUAGCAUUUCCCAAAGGACUCGAUGCGGCUUACAAAGGCCAAGGCCUCAAACAACAACAACAAKAGACAAUAARAAUACAAUGCAAGCAAAUUAAAAACAUAAGCAAUAACAACAACAAAACAUUACACUAUUACGCAAUAAAUCCAGGGCCGGGCCAAUGAAGGGUACAGGUUAAAAAAGUGCUGGGUGUAAGAGGUGAUAUGUUGGGAUUCUGGGCAAGUGCAAUGUGCAGAGAGUCUUAAGCUCUAAUAAAGUGCUUGUGGGACGUAGUGCUGGAGGUUAUCCUAUUCAGGAAAGGCACAUCGGAAUAGCCAGGUCUUCAAGUUCUUCCUAAAGACUUCCUAAAGACAUAUCAUCCCACAAACACUGUACUCAUCAGACUGCAAACAUUUGUUGUUUUCAUAGAAAAAGUGAGUCAGAAAGGAGAAAGGGUUUUUCUUGCUUGUGCUUUUUAUUUUGUUUGGUUUUAAGAAACCAUGGUCUUAUGUUUUUAGACAGAUGAAAAAACGCAGCAAAAUCACCACAAAGAAAUAUUUUAUAUGUUUAGUUUUGCAUGGCCCUAAAAUAUUUUUUUAAAUGAUGGGUGACACUUGGAGUGACAAAGCUGACUUUAAUAAACUUGGUAUGGAAAAUAAUAUGUGAAAACAUUCAAAAUGUCUUUAUUUAUAGCAUCUUUCUUGAUUUUAAAUUGCACAUUCAGCAAAUCAGUGUGAAUAAAAAUCAAAGGGAGAGCAAGAGAAGCAGAAAGGAUGUAUUCUUGUGUCUACUGCUCCACCACAGUCUGCAGCUUUUCAUGUUUGGGUUUUGCCUACAUAACACAUGGCUGCUAAAUUAUUCCUACCCAUUUUGGAUUUAUUUGAUGGAUUUUAUUUGAUUGUUAUUUUUAUAUUUGUGUGUAAUUGCUGCUGUAAACCACCUUGGGUCUUUGGAGAAAAGCGGUUUAGAAAUGUCCUAAAUACAUAAAUAAACACAGUGCUUCAGAAACAGCUACAUAUGUUUAUUCAAGGUACAGAGGUACAGCUAUGAACAAUAGAAUAAAAUGCUCAGUAUAUGCACCCUUAUUUACGAUGUAAACCUCUACUUAAGCAGGUGUAAAGCUGUUGGAUUUCAUAUCACAAAAGAAUAUCUGAAUUGAUCAAACCGCUGAUAGUAGCCUGCAGCAAAUUUCUUGGGAAGCAUCUAUUUUUGUUAACAGUAUGGCAAUGACUUGGGAAAUCUACUACUUUUCCUAAGGAAAAAAUGAAUCCACUUUGUUUCUUUCCCUUAAAAAACCCAAUUCUGUUUGCAUGUCAGCUCACAUAAUUAAAUCACAACUUAGCACUUUUAUCUGGAGUAGCAAUGGAACAUCCGAACAACCGAAACCAGUCAGCAAAAGAGAACCACAAGAUAAAAAUCUGCCUGUGUUUAUUGUUCCUCCCACUCUGGCAGAACUUCAUAAAGUCUUUUUGACAUUUUAAAUAAGAAUUAAAAGGCUCCCCUCUUAUCUUUCAUCAAAUUUGGUUGUUUGCCUAAAAAGGAAUGAACAGUACAGAACACCUUCUAUGGUUAUCUCUUUGCACCAGGUCUAAACUCCUCUUCACAGUCCUUUCCACUCCACACAGCCAGCCCACCCUACUGUCACCCCUAUUCUUUCUUUCUCAUUCCACUAUUUUAUGGAAAACUGUCAUACUGUCACAAAAAUAUCAUUGCAGAUUUGAUAAAUAUGGAUUUGAUAUAAUGAUGUGUGGGAAUGAAUGGAAGAAUGGAAGGAUGUAUGGAUGGAGCUAAUAAUUUUGGAGACACCAGUAUAAUAUUAAGGUCUGCAAUGACUAACUACCUGCUUGCUGGACUGUAAUUAAAAGUUGCUAAUAAGAGCUGAAAAGUAAACACUGAUAAGAAUUGGGACAGUGAUAACAGAAAUGUUUACAAUGUUAAGAAAGAAGUCAACACAAGCCUUGUGUUUGUUAACACCAAUCAAGAAGAUCAACAUUUUGCCAGGAAACUGAGAUGGAGCCAGGAUGGAAGACGUCUAUUAUUAAUUUAUAAUUUUGGGACUACAUCAGCAGAAUAUUCCCAUGAAAGACUCAGUCUAAUAAUGCUCAAAGUGUGGCAGACCUGAGGAGACUGUUCCACCCACUAUGCUCUGCUCCAUGGGAAGGAGAGAGUGUACCUAUGGAAAGUGGCAAAUCUGCGCGGGAGCAGUCUGGUCACUUUGGGGCUUCUUUCUCAAGGGAAGAGGGAGAAGUGUGCUUUUGGAGUCUUGGAUUUUGUGCAGGGAGUCAGGCUCUGCUGUAUGGAAAAGAGAGAUCUGGUCCUUGGCAUUGUUCUUAAGGAAAGAAGUUUUGGCAUUUCAGUAUUUUGAAGUUUUGGCGUUAUGGAACUAUGCAUUGACAGGCUGCAGGAAAGCAGGGUCUAGCCUAACAGGUGCUUCUCCAAGGAGGGAGAAAAAGAUAUGGGAAUAUUUCUGUGCAUGAGGAUGAAUGCAUGUACAUGUGUGUGAAUGUUGAGUGAAAAUGUAAUUCCCCCUUGUUUGUUAAUCAAUGUAACUGUGAAUCCAAUGUAGUUGCAUAGAAUCUAUAUGUCUGUAUGUCUAAUGUCAUUCUUUGUCUAAAUGUUUUUCUGUAAUCUGAUAUACCCUCUCACACUGGAAAUUGCAAUAAAAAGAACCUAUGCUUCAAA